GCCGCUCCUCUGUUUUUCUCCUGAAGAGGACAUAGGUUUGAAUGGACAGAGCAGCACAAAACCAGCUUGUCCCCUGUGAUGGCCACCCUAAUGUUAGCACUGGUUUGGGCUUGGAGUAGUCGUGUUCAGGCCCACCAGCCGUGUCCCCCAGGGCCCCCUUAGAGAUCAUGCUGCCCGUCUCAGCCUCUCGCGCGCUAACAGCGAGCCUAGGGACUAUCUGAAGUCCUGCACUAAAGCGUCUGGGGUGGGGGAUGUUUGUAUUUGGAGGCAUUCAAUCCCAACGCCUCCAGGACAGGAUGCCUGCCAAUGAAUUUGGGGGUAUCUGCAGUCCCAGGGUGAUAGCCUUGGGAUGGAGGACGCUUGCCAGCUGUAGCACCGUACUGGCUUUUAGGACAAUUGAGUUCUGCUUGCUCAAUUGUUAUGGUUUUUGAGUUCUGCUCAAUCAAUAUGAUUUGGGACUGAUUUGGCUAAUUUGACCUGGGACAUUAUUAAAAUGUCCCCCACACAAACUCUGAGCUGCGCACCGAGGACAUCGAAACAGUUUUGUGUGUGAAUGUGCCAAUAGGGGUUAAGAGCUCUAGGAGCUGCCCUGAAAUGACUGUGUAAUGAGGGCCUUCAAAGGGAAGUCAUUUUGCAAACCCAGUACCCUCCUUGUCAGUGCUACCAAAAUUAAUCACACCAGCACUUUGGUAGAGUGGCCCAAAUUCACGCAUAGUGCAGUGGGGUGGCUGCAUGAGCCCCGCACCGUUUGCUUCUCCGCUGCACUUUCCUAUUACAUCUGAAAUGAGACUGCAGGUUGGCAGGCCCUGUGUGCUUGCUCGGCCCAGCAAACACCUGACCCCACCCUGUGCAAAUAAUAAGUAAUUAGAAUGACAUUGCUUAGCCUCACCCUGGAAAUAGCCUAGGCUCCUAUUACACAGUCAUGCAGCCAGUAAUUUGACACAUGUGGGGAGUCUGGGCCCUGUUGAAAAUCAGCCUGGAGGUAUUUCAAGUUGGGAUUUCCACACCCCAGCCCCCCAUCCUGCCUCCCAAAGAGCAGAUGCACCACAAGUCAGAGGUCGCUGAAAAGUGGAUGCCUGCACACAACUGAGGACGGGAAAGAGACAGCAGGAGGAGGAAUGAAGAGGAGCCCAGAUGGAGGUGGCAGGAUGGACUCCCUUCCAGAGGCAGUGCUCAUUCGGAUCUUGGCCUUCAUCCCUGCCGUGGACCUGGUGCUGGUGUGCCGCCUGGUUUGCUGCCAGUGGAAGAACCUUGUGGAUGGAGCAGCUCUCUGGAUCCUGAAGUGCCAGCAAGAGGGCUUUGCCGAAGAGGAGCCGGCGGAGGAGGCAGAUAACUGGCAGAUGUUCUACUUCCUCAGCAAGAGGAAGAGGAACUUAAUCAAGAACCCGUGUGGGGAAGAGGAUCUGGAGCACUGGGGGGAUGUGGCAAAUGGAGGUGAUGGCUGGAAGGUGGAGGAGCUCCCUGGGGACUUUGGGGAAAGCUUUCCCAGCGAUGGAGUCCACAAGUACUUCGUCACAUCUUAUGAGUGGUGCCGCAAGUCUCAGGUCAUUGACCUCCGGGCUGAGGGGUAUUGGGAGGAGCUGAUGGACACCACCCAGCCUAAAAUUGUGGUGAAGGACUGGUAUGCAGGUCGCCGCGAUGCUGGCUGCCUCUAUGAGUUCUCUGCAAAGCUGCUGUCGGAGCAUGAGGAUGUCCUGGCAGAGUACAAGAGCGAGACCAUUGCUAUUCCAGAGGACAACGAUGGCAGCUGGAAUGAGGCCUCUCACACCUUCUCUGACUAUGGCCCAGGGGUCCGCUUCAUUUGCUUCGAACACGGUGGUCAGGACACUCUUUUCUGGAAAGGCUGGUAUGGGGUCCGCGCGACUAACAGCAGCGUGAUGGUGGAGCCAUAGCCUGGCCAGGGGCCCUUGGAUCAGGCUAGGUCCUGCUCACCAGAACUGACUUUCAAGCCCUCCAUGGCCUUCAUAUGGUUUCUGCAUGGUGCUGCUUCCAGAGUCAAGGCUGGCAGUCUGGGCCACGAGCAUAUAACCUGCUGUGCGUGUGUGUGUGUGCACACGUGCGUGUGUGUGUGCGCUUGUGUGAGAAAGAGAGGAAGUCCUGUAAGUUACUGCCUGCUGAGGCUUUGGGACACAUGUUGCUUCCAACACUAACCCCUCCUCCCCUGCCCUCAGCAGGUGCUCCCACCUCCAAGUCCAGCCCAGUCACCUUUGAGGGGGAUGCGGCCCUCAAUUUUUUGGAAGCUUUAAAGAGUGAGAGAGAGGCCUGUAAGAUCCAGACCCAGGAAACUGUCAGUUCUUGUCCCUGCUUUGCCACUGACUCCUUCUGUGACCUGGGUCAAGUCUUUUAAUCUCUCCCCUCCCAUUUAUUAAAUAGGGAUACAAGUUACCUGCUUUCCUUCAGCCUGGCAAGGGAAGUCUGCCUAAUGUGUAGCUUAGAGGGUGGACAGCCGUGCUCUAGAUAAAAGGCCUCCAGACAGCACCGUUGGCUCUGUGCUGCAGAAAUAGGGGACCCCUCAAAGCCACCUCUGCCCCAAGGCUCCUCAGACUCCCCAGACCCUAGACACUCUACUAUGAGCUCUACUUGCUCCAAGGCUCUUCCUGUGCACCUGGAAAUGGCACAUCCCCCUCCACACCAAAUGCUUUUCUGCCAGGUCACGCUUAGGUGCAUCU